AUGAUGUUGAGGUGGACAAGGGUUUCUGAUGGAAAAGGUGAUCACUGUGACAGUGAGGAGAUGGAGAUGGGGUUCAAUGUUUUGGGUGGUGAUGAAAUUGUCAAGUCCAAGAGGUUGAUUGUGAGACCUAGGAUCAAGGUGUGGAUGGCCCGUGCCAUCACUACAGUGAUACUUUGGACUUGUGUGGUUCAGCUGAUGGCAAUUGGGGAGUUGUGGGGACCAAGAUUGUUGAAGGGCAUGCCUUAUUGUUUCAGCCACCAAGAUGCAUUUCCAGCUAUUGCAGAGGCUUUUGUUCCAGCAAAGGUUGUGCUUCCACCCAAACGAAUUCAUAAGAAUAAUGGUUAUCUUAUGGUUUCGUGCAAUGGAGGACUCAACCAAAUGCGAGCAGCUAUAUGUGACAUGGUUGCUAUUGCAAGACGUUUAAAUGUUACACUCAUAGUUCCGGAGCUGGAUAAAACAUCUUUCUGGGCUGAUCCAAGUGAGUUCCAAGACAUAUUUGAUGUAGAUAAUUUCAUUGGAUCCUUAAGAGAUGAAGUUAGAAUAUUAAAGCAACUACCACCUAGGCUCAAGAAAAGAGUUGAGCAAGGAUUAUUCUAUUCAUUGCCGCCAGUUAGCUGGUCGGAUAUAUCAUACUAUGAAAAACAGAUCCUUCCUCUGUUACUGAAGCACAAGGUUGUGCACCUAAACAGAACUGAUGCUCGACUUGCCAAUAAUGGACUACCUUUGGAGAUUCAAAGGCUGCGAUGCCGUGUAAAUUAUAAUGCUCUGAGGUUUACUUCCCAGAUUGAGGAACUUGGUAGGAAGAUAGUCAGAAUUUUGAGGCAAAAGGGACCCUUCCUUGUACUUCACCUUAGAUAUGAGAUGGACAUGUUGGCCUUCUCUGGCUGUACUCAAGGAUGUGACAGCAGGGAGGUGGAGGAACUCACAAGAAUGAGAUAUGCUUAUCCCUGGUGGAAGGAAAAAGUCAUUAAUUCUGAGCUCAAGAGACAAGAUGGUCUAUGCCCUUUGACACCCGAGGAGACUACACUGGUAUUGACAGCUCUAGGCAUUGAUCAAAGUAUUCAAAUUUAUAUUGCUGCUGGAGAAAUAUAUGGUGGAGGGAGAAGGAUGGCAAGUUUACGAGCAGCUUUUCCAAAUGUGGUGAGGAAGGAAACUCUGCUAGAACCUUCAGAUUUGAUGUAUUUUCAAAACCACUCAUCACAAAUGGCAGCACUGGAUUACCUUGUGUCUCUAGAGAGUGAUAUAUUCAUUCCAACCUAUGAUGGGAACAUGGCUAAGGUUGUGGAAGGGCAUCGAAGAUUUUUAGGCUUCAAAAGGACUAUAUUACUUGAUAGAAAGCAUUUGGUGCACCUCAUAGAUCAAUACACCAAUGGGUCACUGAGUUGGGAUGAGUUUUCCAUUAUGGUGAAGAAAACUCAUGCCAAUAGGAUGGGAAACCCCAAAAGAAGAGUUGUCAUCCCAGACAGACCCAAAGAAGAAGACUACUUUUAUGCCAAUCCAGAGGAGUGUUUCCAAUUCCAAUAUGAACCAUUGAAGAGCACAUGA